AUGAAUCCUCAAGCGACCGUGUUCCAGCCAGAUGUGAGCAGUGUCUUUGGUGUUCCUUUGCUGAGUCAAAGCCAAGUAUCAGCGCGUCAAGCGGUCAACAAAGAACUCCCAACAUUUUCCGGAAACCCAGAGGAGUGGCCACUCUUCCUAGCAAGUUACGAGCACUCAACUAGAAUUUGUGGAUACAGUGAGGAAGAGAACAUGCUAAGACUACAACGAAGCCUUAAAGGAAAGGCCUUGGAAGCGGUACGUUGUCGGCUGCUACUGCCUGCUAGUCUGCCUGGAGUACUAGCGACACUCAAGACCCUUUUUGGAAGACCAGAGAUCAUCGUUCAUUCGCUAGUGAACAAAAUUCGUGAGAUGCCGCCACCGAAAGCAGAGAAUCUGCAAACGCUGAUCGACUUCGGAGUUGCGGUACAAAACGUUUGUGCCACUAUCACCGCUUCAGGCCUAAAUGAGUACAUGUGCAACGUGGCUCUACUGCAGGAAUUGACGGAAAGAUUGCCGCCGGCUAUCAGGUUGAAUUGGGCGUACCACCGGCAGGGGCUAAACAGGGUAACGUUAACAGAAUUUGGAGAUUGGUUGGGGAAGUUGGUUGAAGCUGCGAGCAUCGUCACUAUUCCAUCCAUUAGCGCCCCAAAACCAGAGAGACAUGGACAGAAGGGGAACAAUUACAUCAACAUCCAUACAGAAGGCGAUCUUAGUAUCGACGUCCCUUCGUAUGAUCGACCGGCUGCUGAUCCUAGAAGGUGUCUUAUUUGCCGGAAUGAAUGCAGCGGUCCUGAAAAGUGCCCAAGGUUUCUCGAUAUGGAUGUUGGGUCACGCUGGACAAUUGUUAAGGAGCAGAAAUUGUGCAAAAAAUGUUUGCGGAAGCACUUUGGUGCUUGUCAAGUUAAAACGCCUUGCGGAAGAAACGAUUGUACGUUCAUGCACAACAAGCUGUUGCACGACGACAAGCGGUAUAGCAAGCCUUCCACAAUGGAAUCAGCGAAACCAUUGGUCGAGAAUUCGUCGACGCAAAGCUGUAACACGCAUUCGAAAAUGGCGAGGAGAAUUUUAUUCCGCUACGUGCCCGUGACGAUAUACGGUAAAGGGAGACAAGUAACAACCUAUGCGUUUCUCGACGACGGUUCUUCAGCAACCCUGAUGGAGGACAGUCUGUUGAGAGAAUUAGGACUUAAGGGGAAGCCUUACCCAUUGUGCCUCGACUGGACCAACGGCCAUCAGCGAGAGGAAAACGAAUCCGUAGUGCUGGCUCUGAAGAUAUCUGGCACGAGUGAAACUAGUGAAAUAAUUGAGCUCCCAGAAGUCCACACAGUCCGAGAUCUUUCUCUGGCUAAGCAAUCACUAUCAGUGUCAAAAUUAGCUAGCAAAUACAGCUUCAUCAAUGGAUUGCCACUGGAACCGUACGACAAUGCCUCCUCCCGAAUCCUUAUUGGAAUGGACAACUGUCGACUGGGCCAUGCUUUGAAAAGCAUAGAAGGAGGCGAACAUGAACCAGUGGUGUCAAGAACUCGUCUUGGAUGGAUGAUUUACGGUCCGUGUGCUAUGGAAUCUGGAGCGAUCAACUCUAACUACAGUGGUCAUCAUAGCUUUCAUAUAUGCCCGUGCAUGAAAGAAGAAGGAAUGGACGUAGCCCUAAAGGAGUACUUUUCAAUAGAAUCCUUGGGAAUCAGCGGCACGUAUAACACAAUGCCAUCAAAGGACGAAGAGAGGGCAUUGAAGAUUCUGGCAACUGAAACACGUCUAAUUGGAAACCGCUUCGAGACCGGCCUACUGUGGCGUUUUGAUCAGGUCCAGCUGCCUAACAACAAACGAAUGGCUUUGAAGCAUUUUGCCUGCCUCCAGAAGCGGAUGAUGCGGGAACCGGAACUAGCGGCAGCGAUUCGUGUGAAGAUGAUCCAGUAUGAAGAAAAGGGGUAUAUCCGGAGGCUUUCAGAAACGGAGAAGGCGGUGAAGCGUCCCAAUGACUGGUUUCUGCCUAUCUUCCCUGUCAUAAAUCCGAACAAACCCGGUAAACUACGGAUAGUCUUCGAUGCAGCGGCAGAAGUCAACGGUGUCUCGCUUAAUUCAUUCCUCCUGACCGGGCCUGAUCAACUGGUAUCGCUUUUAACAGUGCUCUACAAAUUCCGUGAAUUUCGCAUCGCGGUUGUAGGUGACAUCAGAGAAAUGUUCUUCCAAGUUCGAAUGAAAGCGCAGGAUCAGCGGAGCCAAAUGAUUCUAUGGAACGAUGGAAAUCUGGAAAACGAGCCUGAAGUAUAUGUAGUGACAGUAAUGACCUUUGGCGCUGCAUGCUCCCCAAGUUGUGCACACUACGUGAAGAAUCUAAACGCUGAUAGGUUCAAAGAUAAGUAUCCGAGAGCGGUUGAGUCCAUCAAGUACGAACACUAUGUCGACGACAUGUUGGCAAGUGUAGAGACCGAGGAAGAAGCAGUGAAGCUAGCCAACGAAGUGCGCACCAUUCACUCUGAAGGAGGCUUCGAGAUUCGGAAUUGGUUAUCGAACUCCAAGUUGGUCCUCGCAAAUCUGCAUGAUAACAGCACCGCAGAGAAAAAUUUAGGGUUUCAUGCUGAAAUGCCAACGGAAAAGGUGCUGGGGAUGUGGUGGAACACGACCACAGAUACGUUCACCUUUAAGUUAUCACCGAAGCACGAUGUCGAACUACUGUCAGGUGUUAGAAUGCCCACGAAACGUGAAGUGCUGAGGACGUUGAUGGCAAUAUUUGAUCCAGUAGGACUCAUCGCUAAUUUGCUGAUCUACUUGAAGAUCCUGCUACAAGAAAUCUGGCGUGCAGGAUGCGGCUGGGAUGACGAGAUCAGCGGAAAGCUAGCUGAAAGAUGGUUGACAUGGGUUGAAGUGCUACCUCGCGUCCGUCAAGUCAACAUUCCUCGCUGCUACAGAAUCGAAACGUCCGCCAAUCCGACAAGUAAUUUGGAAUUGCAUAUUUUCUGCGACGCCAGUGAGAACGGGAUUGCUGCUGUUGCCUAUUUCAGGUUCGAAGAAAAAGGAAAGGUUGAAUGCUCGCUGGUUGGAUCGAAGACACGUGUUUCCCCUCUGAAGUUCCUUUCCAUACCUCGCCUUGAGCUUCAGGCUGCUGUGAUUGGUUCUCGACUCGCCGAUUCCAUCGUCAAGUCACAUCGAUUGAGGAUCAUGCGUCGCGUUUUCUGGACCGACUCCCGUGAUGUUGUCUGCUGGUUGCGAUCGAACCACCGACGAUAUAGCCAAUUCGUGGCAUUCAGGGUGAGUGAACUACUUGAUACAUCGAAGGUGAGCGAGUGGAAGUGGCUGUCAACAAAGAAAAAUGUAGCAGACGAAGGCACGAAGUGGCAAAGGUUGCCAAACUUCCAACCAAGCAGUCGUUGGUUCCGCGGACCCGAUUUUCUGUGGGAGCCCGAAGAGCAGUGGCCGAUCCAGCAUUCUCCACCACACAGCUGUCGCUCCACUACUAGUAAACUUUGA